AUGGUGUUAUUGUUCCAUUUCGACCCACCUCGUGUCUCUGCCGUCCCCUCAGCAAGCGUAUACCGUAGAACCUCGUCGCCUUGCUCAACUCACUCGGAAGACGUUCUGCGCGCGAAUCGCCGCGGACUCAGCACCCGUCAACCUACGGACGCAGCGACGAAAAGCUCGUUGCCCGGCUGCGGAAGCGCCUUGUUCGGCGCGGAAAGCGCCGGUGUGUGUACUAAACACGUUCAGCUGCAUACUGAAAUUUCCUCCCACUACACAAAUCGUCUCUACGCUCUCUGCAUGAGAGAGAAGCGCUACUGGGGGGCAGCGCAUGGGCUGGCAGGCAUUGCCCACACGCUGCUGCUGGGGGCGGGGCACGUGGGGCAGGUCGGGCAGGUGGGACGAGUGGGCGAGGUAGCAGCAGCAGACGCGGAGAAGGAGGAAGUGGAAGAAGGCAGGGAGGCAGCUGCGGAAGGGGGAGGGGAGGCAGGGGAAGAAGGGAGCAGAGAGGCGGUUGCUGCAUUGGAGUGGAUGGUGGCUGGCAGGCUGCCGAGCGGCAACUACCCCUCCAGUGACGAGAAACGCCUUGCUGCUGCCGCUGCCACUGCUGGGGGAGGUGGGGCUGGGGGGGAUGCAGGCAGGGCGGCAGCAGGAGGGGCGGACAGGCUGGUGCAGUGGUGCCACGGCGCUCCUGGUGUGGCCAUGGCGCUCGCCCACGCUGCUACGUGGUGCCAGAGGGCUCCUGGUGUGGCCAUGGCGCUUGCCCAUGCUGCUACGUGUGCAUGUGAGCUGCGGUGCUGCAGUGGGCUUCCUGCUGUGCACUGCUUGCUACUGGUUCCACCGUGUGACGAUUGCAUGACUCGCUGCUUUCUGCUUCCACUUAAUGGCUCUGCUGUCAACCACUCUGUGCAUUCAUUCAGCACCUUUGUACUCACUGCUUCUCCAUCUCUGUCCUGCCAUGCGCAUGCCCCGUUUCCUACCCCUACACUGCAUCAGUCACACCCGAACAGGCUGCACCUGCUGCCAGCAGCGGUGGCAGCGGGCGAGGUGGUGUGGCAUGGCAGCGUUAUCAUCUCUCUUUGCAUGCCCUCUCCCGCCCCACCCCGCCCCACCCCGCCCCUGCACCAGUCACACCUGAGCAAGCAUCACCUGCUGGCAGCAGCGGUGGCAGCAGGCGAGGUGGCAUGGCAGCGGGGUCUGCUGCGCAAGAUGGGGCUGUGCCAUGGCAUCGCUGGUAACGCCUACGCCUUCCUCUCCCUCCACCGUGCCACCUCCGCUCUCCACGCCACCAGCCACAGGGAAACUGGCAGCCUGCAGGAAACCACCACUCCAGCUCUACCCCCUCCCAGCGUGCACCUGCACCGAGCGCGUGCGUUUGCCGCCUUCCUGCUGGCCCACCGCCCGCGCCUCGCAGGUGCCGCCCUGCUGCACUGCGGCGAACGCCCCGUCUCGCUCAUGGAGGGCCUGGGCGGCGUUGCUUGUCUCUUCCUGGACCUGGCCCGGCCUGUCGACGCACGAUUCCUAGGGUUUGAGCUGUGA